AUGGAAAUUCCUGCUUACAGUAUCCUUUACCAAAGCCAUUCCUACUUGGAUUCCCUGGCUGUUAUGGAAAGCUUUGUCGGGUCGUCGUUAGCUGUCGUGAGCUGUGCCAUGAAGAAGAAGAGGAGUGGCAUGUUACGUCGUCCACGUGUUACUUUACCGACAUUCACGUAUAAUCAUGUUUUAAUGUCAUCGCCAACUUCAACCAUAGGUUGUAGUGGCAGUGAAGAGCAAAAUUUUAAGAACGGCUCUAAUGGUUUUGGAAGUGAGAGUAAGCUGAAACUUAAGCUCAAACUUGGUGGGGUUACGCGUACGAUUCACACUAACUCCACCGCUGAUCAUGCCUUUGACGGCAACCCUAGCUUAACUAAGUAUUCCGAUUUCUCCGAAGUUGCUCAAGCCAGAGAAAGGUCCAUUUUCCUGGAAUCUGGUGUGAAAUUGAUCCUUCUCUAUUCCAUUCGUCAUUGCAAUGGGAAGAGGUUUCUUGGACAGGUUUUGGAAAAUAAGUCUUUGAUCUUGUCUCAUUCUGAUGAUUUGUUGCAUAAACAAUCACUGCAGGGCAAGAAAGGCUCCCAUCUUUCUGAUAAGGGAGAAGGAUAUGGAGUUCAAUGGAAGGAUUUAUCCAGAAGUGGCUCGGGUUGUGGAAAGGGGCAUUCAUCUAGGGGAAAGGCACUUGAGAAUGAAACUGACAGAACUGAGCCAACUCGUAAGAGCAAGCGGGUUCCUAAGAGGCGUGUCUUGGAUGUGGGCAAAAAUAGUGAUGAUGAUGAUGACGACGAGGAAAUCCGUUAUCUAGGGAGACUGAAUACUUCAAACGGUCUCUCGAAUCAUAGAGAUGAAGAGGAUGAGAUAAAUAGGAGAGAGGGUGCUGUUCUUGAGGAUAGAGAUUAUGUGGAAGAGGACGAGUGGGAAUCUGAUGAUGAGCCUGGAUCUAAAAGGAAGAAGCUGGGCCUGGGAAGGGGAUCAGUUGAUUUGUUCGUGGAUGGAAGAACCGAAUCAACUCUCGUUACUCGUACUGGUGCGCUUCAGUCUGGGAAAGAUCUAAUAUCUGGUCCAGGUGCUGGUCUUGUUGAGUUCCCCGAUGGUUUACCUCCUGCACCACCUAAAAAACAAAAGGAGAAACUUUCUGAAGUGGAGCUACAGUUGAAGAAGACCGAGGCUGCACAGAGACGUAGAAUGCAGUCCGAGAAAGCAGCUCGUGAUGCUGAGGCUGAGGCAAUCAGAAAAAUACUCGGUCAGGAUUCCGCAAGAAAGAAAAAGGAGGAUAAGAUGAAGCAGCAGCGGGAUGAAUUGGCACAGGGAAAAGCUACCAAAUCCGAAACUCUUGCAUCAAACACAGUGAGAUGGGUUAUGGGUCCUGGUGGAACAACAGUUACAUUUUCUGAAGAUAUCGGUCUACCUCAGCUAUUCAAUUCAGCACCAUCAAGUUAUCCACCGCCCCGAGAAAAAUGUGCCGGUCCAAAUUGUACAAACACAUACAAGUAUCGAGAUUCCAAGUCGAAGCUUCCAUUAUGCAGUCUUGCUUGCUACAAAGCAAUACAGGCAAGGGCUCAACCUUCGACUGCAUGUUGAGAUGUCUCCCUUUGAUUUCACUGAUGAUGCGGAAAUGGUUCCAUUGUAUUAUUUGAGAUGAGAAUUGAAGGUGACCAUUGAAAUGUCAUUUGUCACUUCUAAUGUUCGAGCUCGUAUCGAGUGACCAAGCUCUCUCGCCCUCAUUGUUGCUAUUGUAUUCAUUUCGAACUCGUCUGUUCGAGGACGAUGUAUUCAUUUACCUAACCACAGUAACAGAAA